CGAAUACUGCAAACAAUCAAGAAAACUGCUGGUGGGAAUAAAAUAGCCUACGGUUUAGAGUUCACUGUCCCCAUUAAGGUCAUGUUUUACAUUGUAGAGUUUCUAGAAACCCAAGAAGUUGAAGUGGUACCAGCACUUUGGGUUGAAAAGGAAAUAUGUCAAUGGCCAGCUCAAUACAGACGUGAUGAAUUAGUAAAGGCCAUACGAAGUGAGGAGCAACCUGGACACACGUGGGACGCAUAUUGUGUUCGAAUUUUAUAUAAAGCUGCAACCUACAAAGCUGCUCGUCUAAAACUUCCUCAAGCGGAAACACAAACUGACCUUCAAACAGCAGAGGAAGAAGAUGUGGAUGACAUUCCAAAGAAAAAGCGAAAAAGGCUACCAAACAUUCACUUUGAGAGCGACGACGAAGAUUUGGUCAAACAAAAAGGAUUGUUGCCUCCAGCCCCAAAGAUAACAGGACCAAACUUUGCAAUUGAGUCUGCAAUAAAGAGAAGGGUUCAAAAGCUUGAAACCCCAAAGCAUAUGACAAGUCCUGAGCCCAGACACUCUGUGACAAGUCCUGAGCCCCGGCGUGCUGAAAAAAGCCCCGAACCCAGUCGGUCUAUGGGAAAUUCUGAAGCACAACAGUCAGGAACAGUUACUUUAAGUGGUCUUGCUCCUCUUCUGCAUAGAAUUCUUACAAAUCAGGAAAUGAUGAUGGAUCAACUCAAAGUCAUUCUGAUGAACAUGCAGAAAAUGGGCGAACCUGCUCAUGGGCAGGAUCCCAUCGACAGAGACUUACUGCCACUGAAAGAUCUUACCUCCCUGCUGGCUCUGGAAAAACGUCUGAGGGAAGAGGCUGACCUCAAAAAAAAAAUGAUUACUGCAUUGAGCUUCAUUGGAGGAGUUGAUGUUAAGGAUAGCGUUUGGCGGGUUAUGGGGCACUGUAUUACCAACUCCCUUGGCAAACAACUUAACUGGCGUGGCAUCAAUGGCAAAACAGCUUUCCACAAACUGCAGCUGAAAGAUGUCAUUACUGAAGCGGAACAAAACUCAUUUGAACCUCGCGCCACACUGAACAUGUAUCCGCUCGGCUCAAGUCCAAACUGCAUCGCAGCGUUUAUCAGAUCAGAUGUGUUUACUUGCUGA